CAAUGUCUACGCAGUCGGCGCAUGCUCCAUUCUGCUGUGUGGUACCAUGCAGCCUGCGAUUUGAGCCUGCAAGGGUCAGAGGCCGCAUCUUCGAUUCCCGGAAACACAAGCGACAACACUGAUCAUGGAGUGGCCGAACGCUCACCUUCCUCAAGUACGAGAACCAACGAGAACAUACUCCUCGACUUCCUGUAUCCAGACAAGACGCUUGCCCUCCUCAGAAGCCUAUCCGUAGAUAAAUGCGGAGCCUCAGAACCCAAGCGACGACUUCUCCAUACGACGACCGGUGCACGCCACUUCUCUACGCUUCGACCACAAAUCCUGCAUAACGGGGACAACACGGACGCAGAUGCGGUGGAACAGGCUAGAAAAGAGGCUGCGAGAUUGGCUGCACGAUCUGAUGCUGCCAAGGAACUGAAGAAAAUUGCACGCCACACGAUACCCGGAAAGCAAGAAGUAGCAUGGCAGCUGUACACGUCUAUUCCCGAGGAUCAAUUGAUGGCGCAACCCGAUAUACGGUGUCAUCUCUUGGAUAUCCUUGCCCGAGACAUGGAUACAAUAGUCCCGGGUCGCGUGCUUCAGGUUUUUAAUGAAAUGCCACUAAAAGCUCGUUAUUCGUCCUCGUACCGAGCGGCCGUGAGAGCAUACGUUGCGCUUAGGAUGAUUGGCCCAGCCAUUAAGUUGUUGGAGGACAUGGACCCUUCCGUUAAAUUCAAGACGCUACAUAUCGGCAUCGAUGCCAUUCUUCAACGGACAGUAGCGGACGAGCAAUGGGAUCUUACCUUUCGUGUUUUCAGAUUAUUCCUACGGCGAAGUCGAGGCGUGCAUGGACAAUCUACAUAUCCAGCGAUACGUCAAGGAAACACGCUACCCGAGUUGUGGCAUGGUGUAGCCCAGUUGCCCGAACUGCUAGAGCAUCUUCAGUCUUUUUUUAGACAUGUCCGAGAAUUCCAGCAUGAACUUACGUCUUCUCCUCAAAUGGAGCGAGAUUUGGCCUGCUUCAUCAUGACUUUCGUUCCGCAUGUAAUGGAUAAAGUUCUCGACACGCAAACUCCCGACGAAGACUUUAUUUGGGACUUUUUUGUCAAAUUGUUUGACGAUCUUCACUCCUUGAACCUUCCCACCCCGGCCUGCUACGAGUAUGCCAUCAAGCGAAUGCUGGAGCUCCCGCGUUAUCAAGAAUACACCAAUCAAAGAAAAAUCUGGUUGGAGCUAUACCUACGAUAUCGAAGCCGGUAUGUGGAUGAUCCAAAGGCUACUUCGGAAACAAGGCCAUCGGAGAACUUGGUCAGAAACUUGAUUCAUCAAUACAGUCGAAUGGGUGGCUGGCGGCGUGUUGAAGAGUUCAUCCAGGAUCUACGUACCUUUUAUCCUGUGCGGCCGCUACGACCUGGGCUGCUCAAACAGCUCAUUCAAGCACAUGCCAUUGCUGGUGACGAAGAAAAGGUCAACCAAUACAUCAAGGAACUUGAGGAAAACUACAAAGAUGAGGUCAGCCUCCAAGUCCUCUCUGCACUUCCAUAUGUCAAUGCACGGCGUGCAGACGUCGAGGGGACAAUCAGACAGUUCAAUCGCAUACACACAGAGUACAACAUGGUUCCAGAUAUCGCAUGCUGGAACAUCUUGCUGCUUGCAUAUGUACGUGCAGACGAUCUUGAUGGAGCUCUGGAGUGCUUCAACAACUGCAUGGAAUAUGGCCUUGUGCCGGAUGAGAAGACCUUUGGGCCUCUACUCGACUUCUGCGCUCAACGAGGCGAUGUCGAAGCUUUCGAAACACUAUUUUCACGAGCCAAGCAGUUUGGGCUGCACUUGGACACUGAUGUGCGAGCAAGGUCGGGUUACGUACAUGCAUUUUUGAAUGCGGGUGAUCCGGAAGGAGCCGAUGCCAUCGCCGGCGGCAUGCUUAAGAGUUGGAAUGAAGGAACUCUCUAUGGGCAUCCUCUGACUCACACCUGGAAUCUGUUGAUCCAGCAAUAUGCCCUCAACAGUGAUCUGGCAGGGAGCAGACAGCGCUACAGGCAGAUGAUCGAAAACAACAUUCCUCUGGAUAGCUGGACAUACGGCAGUUUGAUGCGAGCACUAAUCGAAGUGAAGCAGACAAACGCUGCGUAUAAGAUUCUGAGGGUCACUAUGCCGGAACAUGGCAUGCGGGUCCACGCAUUACACUACGCCGUUGUCAUUACUGGUUUCCUAAGGGAGGGCCAGAUCGACCAAGCGCUUAGUGCUUAUGAGAGAAUGAUGGAACGCAACGUUCCUCAAACCAAGAGCUCUCGUGAAGCUUCAAUACGUGCACUGGGUGCAGACGAUCUUCGAACGGUGGCGAAGAGAAGCGCGAACCACCGAUUGCGAAGAGUAGAAGAAGCUCUUGAGGAAAUACUUACCUCGAGCAUGGGCGAAGAUAUUGCUCAUCAGCAGCCUCGGCACGAAAGGAUCAUGGAUACCCAUAACUAUGGCGCUGUUCCGCAGUCUUAUCUCGGCCUCGUCAUCUCGUUGUACACUGCUCGGUCUGCACUCAAGAUUUGUGAGAAGUACUUUGAAAAGGCCGAAGCGUCAGCACCAGACUCCGACAACUAUAUUUCUCCUCUGACGCUCAUCACGACAAUGAUGGAAGCCCGUUACAAAGCAGGCAAUUACACAGAAGUAGCCAAACUCUGGGAGCUGGCGCGCUCUUCAGCUGGCAGACUAACAAAGACCUUCCAUCAAGCCGUGCAUCAAACUGCACCAGAUUCCGAAUUGGACUCCCUACUCGAUCCUGCAGUUCAUAGGUACUUCCAAGAGUCUCAAAUUUCCAGCAAUCGCCGCCACAUACUGGCCAAUCCGGCUCGCAUUUUCAUUCGUAGUUUGCUGGCACAACCCGGCCCCGAAGCCGUGCAAGAAGCACAGCGGACCUUUUGA